AUGUACUACUCGCUCAUCGCAGCAGCGUGUUUUGUUGCGUCGGCUUCGGCCCACGCUACCUUCCAAGACCUUUGGAUUAAUGGAGUCGAUGCAGGUAGCUCUUGUGUGCGUCUUCCUCUCAGUAAUAAUCCUGUAACGGAUGUCACGUCGGAUGAUUUAACUUGCAAUGUUACCCCUACGCCAUCUUCCGGCGUAUGCCCGGUAAUGCCUGGGGAUCAAGUCACUGUUGAGAUGCAUCAGCAACCAGCAGACCGUUCUUGCGCUAACCAGGCAAUUGGUGGAGAUCACUAUGGGCCUAUCAAUAUUUAUCUCGCACCAGUUGACGACGCGACAACCGCAGAUGGACCAAGUGCCUCUUGGUUUAAAAUUUCAGAGAUUGGUCUCCCGUCUGACAAUCCCGAUUACUGGGGUACCGAGGUUCUCAAUGAUAACUGCGGACAUUACACAUUCACCAUUCCUUCCGAUAUCAAACCAGGAAACUAUCUUCUCCGUGCAGAAGUCAUCGCUCUUCACGUUGCAUCUUCUGUUGGAGGCGCACAAUUCUACAUGUCCUGUUACCAAAUCAACAUUGGUGGCACCGGAACCGCCAGCCCUUCUGGUGUCAGUAUUCCUGGAGCUUACAGUGCUACAGACCCGGGUAUCCUCAUCAACAUCUACCAACAACUCGACACUUACGAAAUUCCUGGACCCUCGCCGUACGGCACCACUUCUCCGACCGUUGCUUCCACCCCCUGGCCUACCACAGCGACAUGGGAUACCGCUCUCCAGCCAUCCACCGUUCCGACUGUAGUCCCGACUUCAAUUCCUGGAGGCGUGCCCGCUAGCAGUACUGAUGGUAGUGGUACCAUAUCUCCUACUACAGUUCCUACUACGGUGACGACCGUCGCUCCUACUACGACGGUCACCCCGACGACUUCUGCUCCUACUAGUACUUCUGUGGCGUCUGGUGCUUAUGGCCAAUGCGGAGGUAUCGGCUGGACUGGUCCUAGUGCUUGUGUAGUUGGAUUCUCGUGCGUUGUCACCAACGCCUGUAAGUGCCUUCUUCCUCUCGAACGACCUUUGCAUGACUAA